ACAACACCAGAUAGAGACACGAGAGCAACAAGAAACUGAGUUUCUCUCUAACUAAAAGGGAAACAACUCAAAAUCUCCAUCAGCCCCCUACAUUGUUAGGUCAGUUUAUAGCCAAAAUCACCACAUUUCUACGUUUUUCUAAAGGGUUCGGUUUGUAUAAAGCCUAGGCUCUAAAAAAUCAAAUUAGAGCCUACUUUCAAAUAGUGUCAAGAAAUGUGGCUUCAAUAAUGCAAAAUUGAAAGCAAGAAAGAAAUUGUAAUGAUUUCUAUUUAAGGGGGUUAAUGAAGAUAUAAUACAUGGCCUUUGAGGUCCUUAUGUUAGCAUUUUGAGGUCCUUAUGUUAGUGUUUAAAAAAUACUUGUGUGCAUUUCAAAACAACAAUAUGAUUUCAUGGUUCUUUCCUAGACUGUUUUGUAGAAGAGAACGUUAUGGGUUUGAGUCCCACAUUGAAGAGGAGAGAGUUUUUUUAGUUGUAUUUAAGAGUACACAUUCUCAUGCAUUAUGCUCUUAGUAAAAAGGAAAGAAUGAUAGUGCAUUUGCCGAGCACUUAUGUGUUCGAGGGUGAGGGCAUCAAAGUGACCUCUCAAAUUAAAUAUCGAAGGGGGGCAAAUAUUGUCUUGAGACAAUGCUCCUGCAUGCCCAAAAACACAAAGAGUUCAAGCUUCUAAUUUUUCAAAGUCGUACCAUCGUUUGCCCCCAUUUCACCCACCAAUUUUUCAACGCUUUUGUGAUCCAAGAUAUCAGCCUAGAUAGAACAAAGUUCCAUUGUUGAUCUCGAGUUCCAAUUUUCAAAAGCGGUGUACUGUUGAGAAAGAUAAAGUUGAUCGGAGGUGUUAUGCCAGUAGAGCAAUUUAAAAGGAAAGAUCAAGUAAUAUUUCACAUAUAUUUAGAGAAAAGUAUAUAUCUUGUAUUCUAAAUUUGAUGAUCGGAGGUGUUAUGCCAGUAGAGCAGUUUAAAAGGAAGGAUCAACUAAUAUUUCACAUAUAUUUAGAGAAACGUAUAUAUCUUGUAUUCUAAAAUUGUAAUAUUCAAUAGGAAAGCGAAUUUAUACUUAUCGAUAACUUAGAUGUAGCCCUUUAGGGUGAAUCAUAUAAAUCACGUGUCAUUGUAGUAUUUAGGAAAAGUAUACAGAGAAAUUGUUUGCUUUUAACACAAGGAAGUCACAAUCACUCUUGUUAUUCAAAUUUCAAGUUGGGUGGUUAUGACCGUAUCAUUGACUAAACUCAAAGUUCAAAUAAAGAUUUCUCGAACUUUCUUAUAAACCCUAAGCCAUUCAAAUUGACAUCCAAUAGGUAUGAGUGAGUGUAACAUUCUUGUAAGAAAGAAAAAUGAUCUCAUAGUAUCUCCUCUCGAAAAUAAAUAAAAAUAAAUGGUCUCAUAGCAUAAAUUCUUUUUAAUUUAUUUGCCACACUUUUUCUUGUCAUUUUAUUCUCCUAUUUUUCAUGUAACCAAACAUGUACACUCUCGUGGGCGGUGUUCGAAUACUUGAAUGGGAAAGGGGACUACGACAGCUAUCUGCCCAGACGCUGAGUUUGGUAUUUUCGGUAAUGUUUCUAUUAAUUUAUUUGAGUCAGAGAGACAGUUGAGAAAAUUUAUAGGUCCAAAUUGAAUGCAUGCAACUUUAAAUACCCCCGAACCAAAAAAGCAAGCAAAGCAAAGGAUCAGUCCAAAGGAAAAUGGCAUCCAAGCCUCGUCCUUUCACGCAAUGUCCAUAGAAGACUUCAAGGUGGUUUUCCCAUCCUGUACUUGUCGUAUAAAUCUUCACGUCCCAGUUUGAGAAGCCUUCAAUUCUCUAACUCCAUGGACCUUCCAAUUCCAAAUUGGCCUGAACUCCUCCUCGCCACCAUUUGCUUCCUCUUCAUGCAUUACAUCAACCAAAGGAACAAACCCAUUGUCUCAUGGCCCCUGCUUGGCAUGCUCCCCUCCCUCGCCAUCAACGCGCACUGCAUCUUCGAGUAUCUGACCCGAGCCCUGAACCGAGCACAUGGCACCUUCUCCUUCUUGGGCCCUGCACUGACCAACUUUGAGUUCAUACUCACUUGUGACCCUAAGAACAUAAAACACAUUGUCAAGACCAACUUCUCCAACUAUGGCAAGGGCAAGGACUUCAAAGAGAUCUUCGAUGAUGUUUUCGGAGAUGGCAUCUUUGUUGCUGAGUCGGAGUCGUGGAGGAUCCAGCGCAAAAUGUCCCAUGCUCACGUUCAAUCUAAAGACUUCAGGACCUUUCUUGCAACCACAACUCAAGAUCUUACAGAUUCGGGCUUGUUGCCAUUGCUGGGCCGGGCGGCACGGCAAGGCUCACAGGUGGACUUGCAGGACUUGUUAAUCAGACUCACAUUUGAUAGCACGUGCACCUCGAUUCUAGGAAGGAAAGCCGGCUGCCUUUCCCCUGGCCUCCCUGUCAUCCCGUUCAGUAAGGCCAUCGAUGAUGGGUUAGAGGCCAUAUUUUUCCGGCACGUCGUGCCUCGCAGCUGGUGGAAGCUGAUGAAGAGACUGGAAAUCGGAUGGGAGAAGAGGAUGUUGCAUGCCCGGCACGUCAUCGAUGAAUUUGUGAAGGAACAGAUUGCGAUCACAAAAUCUGAGCUCGAAAGCAAGGGAAGCAGUGAAGAUCUGAUGACGAGUUACAUGAGUUCCAACAGGUCCCUGUCCAAUACUUUCCUGCGGGACACCAUGGUGAAUUUCCUCUUCGCCGGGAGGGACGCGUCUGGUGUGGCUCUCUCCUGGUUCUUUUGGCUAAUCUUUGAGAACCCCCACACUGAGGCCAAGAUCUUAGAAGAAUUGCGGAAUGUGCUCGGUGGGAGGACAAGCAUCCCCCUCGAAGAUCUACACCGGCUCGUGUAUCUCCACGCAGCGCUGUACGAGACAUUGAGAUUGUAUCCACCAGUUCCGAUAGAUCAAAAGGCCGCUGUGCACAACGACAUUCUUCCUGAUGGGACGAUGGUGAAGGCCGGCACAAAGAUCUUUUAUUCGAUAUAUUCAAUGGCGAGGAUGGAGUGGAUAUGGGGGAAGGACUGUAGAGAAUUUAGGCCUGAGAGAUGGAUUGGAGAAGGUGGGGAGCUGAAGCCUGACCUAGAAUUCAAGUUCAUGAGCUUCAAUGCAGGGCCAAGGAGUUGCUUAGGGCAGGACAUGGCCUUCACUCAGAUGAAGAUAGCUGUGGCCACCAUACUUGCCAAUUUCCAAGUGGUGGUGGUGGAGGGCCAAAAUGUAAGCCCUAAAACUUCAGUGAUCCUCUUAAACAAGAAUGGGCUCAAGGUCACCAUAAAGGAGAGGCCACUUCAGGCUUAGUUUGAGCACUGUAAGUUUACUACUUCGCUUCCAACUGUGUGUUGUAUGAAGCAGCAUCGCCUUGUUGCAUGUUUUGUGUGGGCAGUGUCAUUUGUAGUUUGGUGUAAUCUUUAUUAUUAUUACAUAUUUUCUAUAUUUUAAGCAAGAAAUGACCUCCCCAAUUUUUA